AUGCCUCUUCCCAAAUACACCUACAACGGUCCAAUAGACCACACCGUGGUUCCUGAUCUAACCAAUGUCGAAGGAAAAUCUGUCAUCGUUACCGGAGGCGCAAACGGAAUGGGCGAGGCCAUGGUGCGCGCCUUCACUGCGGCCGGCGCCUUCGUCACCUUUGGCGACCUUCACCCAAGAGGAGACGAUCUUGCCAAGGAAUUGAACGCGAAAAGCGAAACGGCCGCGUUUGUCAAGUGCGACAUUACAGACUGGGAUAGUUUGAUCACACUAUUCGAGACGGCUAAGGCUAAGAGUCCCUAUAACAGCGUUGAUAUUGUCAUUGCCAAUGCGGGAAUUUCACGCGCCUCGGGUGACAGUCUCUGGAACCUCGAUGACCCAAAUGGCGCACCCACCAAGCCAAAUCUCAAUAUUGUCCGCGUCAACAUGGACGGGACAUUCUAUACAUGGAAACUUGCAGUUCAUUAUUUCAGGAAACAACCUGAUACUGAGGACCGAGACCGAUGCUUCAUCAUGACUGGAAGCAUGGUCGCAUACAUUGAUUCACCGGGAAACUGGGAAUACACAGCGACCAAGUAUGGCCUUCGCGGCUUCAUGAAGACCGUGCGUCGAAGCAGCUGGGAACAAGGGAUCCGAAUCAACUAUGUGGCGCCAUGCUGGAUCAAAAGCGCUAUUCGGACUAAGGAGUACGAAAACUGGCUGAUUGAACGGGGUGUCGAGUUUGGCGAACAGGCCGAUUGCGCCGGUGCAAUGAUGCGGAUCGCCUGCGAUAAAUCUAUCAACGGACGCUCCCUCAUGAUUACACCAAGGUCUAUUGCCAAAGAGGGAUUCGUGGACGUAAAUAAGGAAGACUUUUCCGACCCCAAGGACGAGUACUUCGCGAAGAAGCAAGCAUCGCAAUUGGUCAUUAUCGAGGAUAAAUGGCUAGAUGAUUAUAAAUCUUGGAAUAAAAUUCAGUUCAAUUUCUUCGUUGGUCAUGCUCAAUACGCUCGUAUAGCUGGGUACGAGAAUCCGGAUAAUGCUUCGGUACAGGGUAAACGACCACUCGAGGUUCCAGUCCCUGCAACUCCCAAGGGAGGAUUCUUAGUGAAGUUGCUAGCUUCUGGGGUGUGCCAUAGCGACCACUCACUUCUCACGAGCGCAAAGCAGCGUCCUUGGUUUCAAGAGCAAUACCCCCUAGGUCAUGAAGGAUGCGGCGAGAUUGUACGGAUUGGCAACCAAGUAAAAGACGCCGGUUUCAGCGUAGGAGAUCGAAUUGCCACUAUCGCCGUCCCUGGGUGUGGCUCGGAUGGCUGCCCAGAGUGCUCACGAGAUCUUGCUCAGCUAUGCGAACAAGCACACCACGCCGGAAUUGGUCAGGAUGGUUUCUAUGCACCAUAUGCCGCGCUAGAUCUUCGAGCAGUAGUUAGUGUUCCGGAAGGGAUUCCUUCAUCCGUAGCAGCAGUGGCAACGGAUGCUGUCAAAACCAGUUAUUACGCAAUUGUGAGACGUGCGGAGGUCAAAUCAAACGAGACGGUCUUUCUGUUUGGCCUUGGAGGUCUCGGGUUUAAUGCAUUGCAGAUUUUUCUCCAUAUUGGGGCUCGAGUAAUUGUUUCUGAUAUUCGACAAGAACGGUUGGAGGAGGCUGCAAGGUGGGGUGUUCCUAGACAAGAUCUGGUGCCCUCUGGAAAGUCAGUACAAGAAUUUGUGCACGAGAAUGGGUUGCAGGGCAAGAUCGAUACCACCCUGGAUUUUGUGGGUACACACCAGACAUUCCAUGAUGCACAGAAUAUUAUUCGUAGAGGAGGAAAACUUUUGUGUGUUGGUACUCUCGACGAGGAGAACACUGUCGACAUGAAGAUUGGCAUUCAGAAGAGGUUGACCAUUAUCUUCACAUACGGCAGGCAAUGGAGAGAUCUCAAGGAAGUUCUCGAUUUGAUCUCCAAGGGAAUCAUUCAGCCACAGGUUGAAACUGCUGGCUUGAAGGAUUUCCCCCAUAUCUUGAAGAGUGUUUGCGACGGAAGAGUCAAGGCGCGGAUUGCCUUAUUACAUGAGUAA